AUGAGCCCAACCCUCAAACGGAACGCGGACCACUUGGCCGCCUCAGCAGCAGACAGCAAGAAACCCAAAGGAGGGAGCAUUACCUCGUUCUUUGGCGUUCCAAAGCCCAAGCCUGCCAGCAGCCAAGCCAACAGCGCCCAAUCUCCCCCCCGAUCCAGCUCCUUCAACAAAGCUAAAUGGGUGGCGUCCCUCACACCAGAGCAAAGAGACCUCCUGCAGCUAGAGAUUGAUACAUUGGACGAGAGCUGGCUUGCUCACCUGAAGGAUGAUGUAGUCUCGACCGAUUUUUUGAACCUGAAACGCUUCCUGAAGAAGGAAAAAGAUUCGAAGGCAAAAAUCUUCCCACCAGAGGAGGAUGUCUAUUUCUGGUCCCGACAUACGCCAUUGCAUAAAGUUAAAGUAGUCAUUAUUGGACAAGAUCCGUAUCAUAAUGACAACCAAGCCCACGGUCUGGCAUUCUCCGUUCGUCCUCCUACUCGCGCCCCGCCAUCUCUUGUCAACAUCUACAAGGGAAUCAAGAAAAGCUACCCAGACUUUGUUGUGCCGCCAAAUAAUGGCGGACUAUUAACUCCAUGGGCUGAUCGAGGGGUCCUUCUUCUUAAUACCUGUCUUACGGUCCGAGCGCACCAGGCCAACAGUCACUCCAACAAAGGAUGGGAGCGUUUCACCCAGAGGGUGAUUGACCUCGUGGCUCGUGUCCGAACUCAUGGAGUUGUUUUCCUCGCGUGGGGGAAGCCUGCUGGCACACGAGUGGCGAAAAUUAAUCGCCAAAAACAUUGCGUGCUACAAUCGGUACAUCCCAGCCCGUUGAGUGCACAUGGAGGCUUUUUUGAAAACGGCCAUUUCAAAAAGUGCAAUGACUGGUUGGCUUCACGAUAUGGCGAGGAUGAAAUCAUUGACUGGAAUCUGGUGCCAACCAAAAAAGCUAUCAGCACGCCGCCCUCGGACAAAGAAAAUUCGUCAAAUGUAGCUAAUGUCUCAUCAGGCUCACCGAAAGCAUUCCCCUCGGGCGUCGAUAGCGCCAGCAAGGCGUUGCCAAAACCCGUGGCGUGCUCUGCAGACGAGUUCGAUGACGAUACAGAUGCUCUCGAAGCUCUGGUUGCAGCAGCCUCGGAAGAGGCCGAGGCCAAUUAA